AUGGGUUCUAAGAGCAAUGGUGCGAAGAAGAUGUCUUUGGAAGAGUUCCUAGGGAAUGACUCCCUAGGUGAGUCUGUUUGGGAUGAGGAAGAGAUUAACUUGGAUGCGAUCAAUAAUAUCAGCAACACGACUAACCCGGAGCUUUUCAGGCCGAAACACAAUAGCAACAGGUUUUCUAGUGGGUAUGGCGGUGGUCAUAGUGGUUAUGGCGGUGGGCUUGGCGGCAACCAGCGCUUCUCUAGCGGGAACAGGCACCUGGAUCCCGCGUAUGACGGUGGUGCUGGGUUCGGUCCUCCUGGCGGACAUCACCAAUCUUAUGGCAGAGUUCAGCAGCAUCACUAUAGCGAGCAAGAACAAAGGAUGGAGUCCAGCGGUUUUGACUACCUGGCAAGCGCAGGUCCACCAUACAUAGUCAAGUUCUCCAAUCUACCACCGAGAUUCUCAAAUUACGACAUUGAGGAUCUCUUCCACAUGAAGUUUACUAAAUUUGUCAAGUACAGAUUGUUUUGGGAACUGCAGAGCAAUCCAUCGUUGGAUUUGUUGAACAAAGGGGACUAUUUUGAAAAGACUUUCAAGGACAAUUUGAAAGUAGCAUUUGUGGAGUUGUUAGGAAUGAGGGACUUGAUGAAAAUCAUUGAUUACUGGUCUGUUCCACUGGCUGAAAUGUAUCAGAUAAACGUCUCCGUUGCCAAAUUUGAUGACUUCAAGAAUUACGUCGAGAAAAGCAAACCUUUGAUAGACCCUUCCUAUGAUGCUGGAAAAUCAUUUGAUGCACCACGGAUACAAAAAUCACAUCCUUUCACCUCAGAGAAGAAUGAAAUGGCACCAGCAAAGUCAGAUGCGUCUACACUUAACAAAAAUGCACAAAGGCAAGAGCCAAAGAAACCUAAAGUAAAUCCAUUCGGUACUGCAAAGCCUGUUGAUACUCAAUCAAAAAUAUUAGAGAUUGAAAAUAAAAUGCAAUCGCUUCAUGUUGAGGAUACUUCCACUUUGCGGGCAAUAUUGGAAGAAAAGUCUGAUGCAUCAAAGCAGUCUAAGACAUUAAGUAAGACAGCUACAUCUACAUUGGAUAACGGUCAAGGGAAAACGAAGAUCAAAAUUUUGAAAAAACCCGUUUCAUCUGGAGGACAAGAUAAAUCCUCUAAUACCACACAGCUGGGGUCUGCCAAAGUUACAGAGCCAAAACCAUCUAUUGCAGAUGUAAACUCUAAAGUAAAACAAUUGGUUGACAUAAAGAAAUCAGAUGCCAAAGGUGCGAGUAAUAGUCAAAAGACACAAGCUAAUGAUUCCAAGGAAAAUGUCAAUGGAAAUGCUAAUGAGGAUAAGAGUAAAGAACCGAAAAACAAGGACGAAAGUAGCCUCACCAAAGAAACGAAUAAUUUAAGCGCCAUGCCCGACGGUAAAUCAAAAGUAGAUGAUGAAACCAAAACAUUUGUAACUAAACCUGGACAGCGUGAGCUCUGCAAAACUAAAAGCAAUGACAAACCCACUGAUAUACAUGUGAGCAAAACUGAUGAAUCUACGUUAGAUGUCAGUGUAGCUAAAAAUGAAACAGCAGAAAAUACCAGUUCAGAUAAUUCCCAUGUUUCAUAUAACUCUGCAAGAGGCCGUGGAGGAAUUAAAGGAAGGGGAAGAGGUGGAACUUACCAACGAGGUAAUGCUAGAGGUAGAGAUGUUACACGUGGCAGAGGUAAAAGAGGUAAACGACCACUACAGGAUAACAAUUUUUCCUCUCGAAUAAUAGACAAUACAAAAGAGGAGGGCAUUGGAAAACCAAACGUUCAUCAUAUUAAUGAACGUGUGAAACUAACUGGUGCUGUAAACACAGAAAAUUCUAGUCGGAAAAAUGAUCAAGAUGUUUUCUAUGAUGCAAAAGAUGAUUUAAAUGUUCAAGGAAUUGAUAUUAGAAAACAAAAUUUUAAGGAUGAGAGGUAUAUGGAAUCUAAGGAUAGCUCUCGUAUUGAUGCAAAGUCUGUGCCAAGAUCUACAGCUGAUAAGGAGAUACAGGUAGGAAAUAAAUCAGAACAUGAAUCUUCGGGAAAUAAUACAAACGUAGCAACAGCAGUUGCUAGCAAUACAGGCGAAAGUGAAAAAGCCAGUACUAAGGAUGUUACAUCUGCAGAAGUAACUCAUAGAGGAGGAUAUAGAGGAGGUUUUAGAGGAAGUAGAGGGGCUUAUAGAGGGGCUUAUAGAGGGGCUUAUAGAGGAGGUUAUAGAGGUUCUUACCGAGGCGGUUAUAGAGGGUCAACUCGUGGUUCAUAUAGAGGUGAUUACAAAGGGCCUUUCAGAGGUAAUUAUGAAGACAGACAAGGACAAGAAGAAGAACACAGAUCUUCAAAUGAAGUUAAUGGUGUAUCUCUUUCACCCGCAGAGAAGUCAAAAAAGAAUGUAAGAGGCGGCUCUUAUAAGAGAGGUCGCGGAUCUAAUAGGAAUAAAUAUCAAAAGAACCACGAGGUUAAUGAUCAGUCUGGAUAA